AGGAGGUCUCACUGGGAAGACAUAUGUGGUUGGCGGUCGACAAGUCUUCAAUUGCUGAUAAUUCUUCAAGUGUUACACAGUGGGUGUAUAUGUCAUGUACGUCAACAAGUAAACAUGAAUACCAGCAAAGUUGCGCAGACUGAGUUUGUAUGCAGCUUAUUUCCUUCACUGUUGUGCCCCACACUGAAUGGUGAUUUGGUUUGUGACAGCAAAAAAAGAAAGUGCUUAAUCAUCUAUAGAUGGCUGAAAAACCUUCCCAAAGUCUUGGUUAUAACGGAGAAGUCCAGUCUGACCCAGAAAAACAAAAUCAAAAUGACAGGAAGUCUCAUUGCUGCAAAAUAUGUAGAAAGAUUUUUACCAAAAAGAGUAGUCUUACGUGUCAUAUGAGGUUACACACAGGUGAGAAACCAUACAAAUGUACUGAAUGUGAACUUAAAUUUACUCACAAAAGUACAUUGUUACACCACACGAGACUCCACACAGGUGAAAAGCCAUAUGUUUGUGGAAUAUGUAAUAAAAGGUUUCGGCAACGCUCAAAUUAUACACUACAUGGAAAGAUACAUACAAAGGAAAAACCAUAUAAAUGCAACGACUGUGGUAAACAGUUUGCUCAAAGAGUUCACCUUACAACACAUGUCCGACUUCACACAGGAGAAAAGCCUUAUACGUGUGAUGAGUGUGAUCAGAAGUUCUUUCAGAGAUCCCACCUGACCCGUCACACUAAAAAUCACAAGAAGAGACAAACUAAAUACUGUGAGGAUGUCAGCAGGUCAGCAGGUCCUUCAAGAAAUGCGAAACCAAGACAAAUAUAUCCAAGUGAUAAACAUUCAGAAGAGCAUUCUGCGACAGAUAAUAAUCAAUGUUUACAUUUUGAAAGGCAAAAUAGGUUUACUCUGAAGUGUGAACAUUGCAAAAAAAUAUUCAUCAAGAAGUCACACCUACGAAAUCACAUGUUCAUCCAUACGGGUGAAAAACCUUUCAGUUGCACCUACUGUGGUAAGAAGUUUGCAGAGAAAAGUAGUGUAAGACGCCAUCAGAAAAUACACAAGGAAAAAAAGGGAUGUAGUGAACUUUCCCAACAUAGGUCAGAGCAUCCCAUCGCCACGCUGUCUUCAGAUACUCAAGGGCCAGCGCGAAUUACACCUCAUUUAACGAUAGGUGAAUCGAAAAUGCUAGCCUUCAAUAAUGCCGAUGCAAAUUUCAAAUUAGAAGCAUGCUUUACUGAGGUUGAGGUAACAGAAUAUGGAUUGAAAAGUGGUGGAAGUAAAUUACAUCCAACAAAAAAGACUACUAAUACAAAUAAUCAGACGACAAAUUACUUAACCGCUGACACAGAAAACACAAAAUCAAAACCAGUUUUAGAUAAACUUAUCCCCAUGGUUGGAUGCCGCAGUCAUUGCGACAACCAUUCUGAAUUACUAGCCAGUGUGAGCAAAUUAAAGGUUUCAUUGGAUUCUGGCAUCAACAAAUCUCCAUCGGACUUAUUCACAAUCAAUUGUAAUGAGUCAUCAACAAAACAAGUAAAAGAUAUCAAGGACGAAAUUGAUUUCUUUCAAGAAGAUUUAGAUGUGUAAAUCACGCCUGUUUCGUUACAUUUGUAAGGAAAAAUAAAAGUAUCUAAUAACACCAAACUCCUACGUCCACAGCAAGAGCCACAGGUUUUUAAUCUUAUUUGUAUUUAUCCUGUACUUUUUAGUGGCUGCUGGUGUUGCUCUGGAGUUGGCCAUCAUGGAACGCCUGCCUUCUCUAUUCGUUGUCAUGAAUAGCUGCAUUAGUGUUACUCUCUCCUAGUCCAUCAAUGUAUUUUAGGCGUUGUCUUCCUCUUGAUCUCUUUCCCUCAAAUUUUCCUGUUAGGCAGAUAUUUUCUGUUUGUUCCCUUAUUACAUGACCUAUGAAUUGUAAGUCUUUCUCUAAUCACUUCCAUUACUGUUCGUUUUAUUCCCAUUCUUACUUCCAUUAAUCCUUGUUUUCUUCCCAUACUUUUAUACUUCAUUUGUUUUCUCCCGUUCAUGAAAUUUACGGGUACUCUUCCAUAGCCACAUUUCUGAUACUUCUAGGUUCUUUUGUAUAUGUUUAUUAUUGUUAGCUUAAUGUUAUUGACCAAGUGUUUUACAUAACUGAUUUUUUUUAUUGUUAUCCUUUGUAUUUCAUUCUCAGUUUUCCCAUCCCAUGUUUUCACGCUACCUAGAUCGUUGAACUGGUCAACCUGAUUUAAUGACCUUCCUUCUACCUCCAUGUUGA